CUGUAGACGUCCGACGAACAAUCGCGGUAACAACCCGAAGAUUACUAACAGUUUUCCAUCGUCCGCUAAACUCGUCUUGCGAAAAACACUAUACACUCACUAGCCAACAAUCAACAUGAACCGUUUGUUAUCUGUAUUAUUGUCUGUCACAUUGCUGUUACAAGUUACAGUGACUGUAGUUUCUGGUCAAGGACAGAAUGCUACACCAAGUCAGUGUAAAUGUGUACCAUACUAUUUGUGCGGAAACAGAAGGAUUGAUACAAGUGGUAAAGGAUUAAAAGACGAAAGGUUUGGAGGAGAUUUUAAGUGCUCUAAUAUCUUGGACGUGUGCUGCAAUGAAUCAAUGAUAUAUAAAAAGCCUGAAGAAAAGGAUAAGAUUAUUGAUAAGAUGAUUUGGGAAAUGAUUUCUACACCUAAACCUCCAACACGGUCAUCGGAUACCUGUAAAUGUGUACCAUACUAUUUGUGCAGAAACGAAGCGAUUGUUACAAGUGGUAAAGGAUUAAUAGACAAAAGGUCUGGAGGAUUAAAGUGCGAUGGUUUGCUUGUAAAGUGUUGCUAUAAAUCAAUGCAAUCAAAAGCGUCUAAUGAUAUGGAUUUGACAACGCAAGAUAUCGAUAAGACAAUUUUGGGAGAGAUGUCUACGCCUAUACCUCAAUCAAUGCCAUCAGAUACUUGUAAAUGUGUACCAUACUAUUUGUGCGGAAACAGAAGGAUUGAUACAGGUGGUAAAGGAUUAACAGACGAAAGGUAUGGAGGAAAUUUAAAGUGCUCUAAAAUCUUGGACGUGUGCUGCAAUGAAUCAAUGAUAUUAGAAAAGCCUCAAGAAAGGAAUAUGAUUAUUGACAAGAAUAUUUGGGAAAUUUUUUAUACACCUAAACCUCCAACACUGUCCUCGGAUACCUGUAAAUGUGUCCCAUACUAUUUGUGCGUAAACGGAACGAUUGUUACAAGCGGUAAACGAUUAAUAGACGAAUGGUCUGGAGGAUUAAAGUGCGAUGGUUUGCUUGUAAUGUGUUGCUAUGAAUCAAUGCAAUCAAAAGCGUCUAAAGAUAUGGAUUUGACAACGCAAGAUAUCGAUAAGACAAUUUUGGGAGAGAUGUCUACGCCUAUACCUCAAUCAAUGCCAUCGGAUACUUGUAAAUGUGUCCCAUACUAUUUGUGCGUAAACGGAACGAUUGUUACAAGCGGUAAACGAUUAAUAGACGAAUGGUCUGGAGGAUUAAAGUGCGAUGGUUUGCUUGUAAUGUGUUGCUAUGAAUCAAUGCAAUCAAAAGCGUCUAAAGAUAUGGAUUUGACAACGCAAGAUAUCGAUAAGACAAUUUUGGGAGAGAUGUCUACGCCUAUACCUCAAUCAAUGCCAUCGGAUACUUGUAAAUGUGUCCCAUACUAUUUGUGCGUAAACGGAACGAUUGUUACAAGCGGUAAACGAUUAAUAGACGAAUGGUCUGGAGGAUUAAAGUGCGAUGGUUUGCUUGUAAUGUGUUGCUAUGAAUCAAUGCAAUCAAAAGCGUCUAAAGAUAUGGAUUUGACAACGCAAGAUAUCGAUAAGACAAUUUUGGGAGAGAUGUCUACGCCUAUACCUCAAUCAAUGCCAUCGGAUACUUGUAAAUGUGUCCCAUACUAUUUGUGCGUAAACGGAACGAUUGUUACAAGCGGUAAACGAUUAAUAGACGAAUGGUCUGGAGGAUUAAAGUGCGAUGGUUUGCUUGUAAUGUGUUGCUAUGAAUCAAUGCAAUCAAAAGCGUCUAAAGAUAUGGAUUUGACAACGCAAGAUAUCGAUAAGACAAUUUUGGGAGAGAUGUCUACGCCUAUACCUCAAUCAAUGCCAUCGGAUACUUGUAAAUGUGUCCCAUACUAUUUGUGCGUAAACGGAACGAUUGUUACAAGCGGUAAACGAUUAAUAGACGAAUGGUCUGGAGGAUUAAAGUGCGAUGGUUUGCUUGUAAUGUGUUGCUAUGAAUCAAUGCAAUCAAAAGCGUCUAAAGAUAUGGAUUUGACAACGCAAGAUAUCGAUAAGACAAUUUUGGGAGAGAUGUCUACGCCUAUACCUCAAUCAAUGCCAUCGGAUACUUGUAAAUGUGUCCCAUACUAUUUGUGCGUAAACGGAACGAUUGUUACAAGCGGUAAACGAUUAAUAGACGAAUGGUCUGGAGGAUUAAAGUGCGAUGGUUUGCUUGUAAUGUGUUGCUAUGAAUCAAUGCAAUCAAAAGCGUCUAAAGAUAUGGAUUUGACAACGCAAGAUAUCGAUAAGACAAUUUUGGGAGAGAUGUCUACGCCUAUACCUCAAUCAAUGCCAUCGGAUACUUGUAAAUGUGUCCCAUACUAUUUGUGCGUAAACGGAACGAUUGUUACAAGCGGUAAACGAUUAAUAGACGAAUGGUUUGGAGGAGAUUUUAAGUGCUCUAAUAUCUUGGACGUGUGCUGCAAUGAAUCAAUGAUAUAUAAAAAGCCUCAAGAAAAGGAUAAGAUUAUUGAUAAGAUGAUUUGGGAAAUGAUUUCUACACCUAAGCCUCCAACACUGUCAUCGGAUACCUGUAAAUGUGUACCAUACUAUUUGUGCGGAAACGAAGCGAUUGUUACAAGUGGUAAAGGAUUAAUAGACAAAAGGAUUAACAAAGAUCGGUGUCCCAACUCCGUUGAUGUGUGUUGCUACGAUCCAAUAAAAUCAACAAAACCUACAGAAAUACCUGACCCUGAACAUCGUACGAUAUGUGGCCAUUGGAACCCUCUUGGCGUAAAAAACACAAUAACUGGAGAAUCCCACAACGAAGCACAAUUUGGCGAGUUUCCCUGGAUGAUGGCAAUUCUUAAAUUAGAAGCUAACCAAUCUAAAACUUACAUCUGCGGUGGUUCAUUGAUUCACCCAAGAGUCGUGUUGACUGCAUUCCAUUGCGUGAACGGCAAAAACCCGAAUGAUCUAGUAAUUCGCGCUGGUGAAUGGGAUACACAAACGGAAAACGAACCGUUACCAUCACAAGACGGCCAAGCUCUGAAAAUAAUUAAUCAUGCAGAUUUCGAGCCUGACGAAUUAUUGAACGACGUGGCGCUGAUCAUUGUCAUUAAACCGUUCUCACUCAGUAAAAAUGUGGGAACUAUCUGUUUGCCCAGUCCGAAUUACGUAUUUUCUAAUAGAUGCUACGCCAGUGGUUGGGGCAAAAAAGAAUUCGGUGAAUUAGGCGUAAAUCAAGUAAUUAUGAAAAAAAUAGAUUUGCCGAUCGUUCCACCUAGUUCGUGCUUGGAACUGUUAAGAGAGACCAGGUUGGGUGUGGAUUACAUAUUGCCGGAGAGUUUCAUCUGUGCCGGUGGGGAAAUAGGCAAAGAUACUUGUCAAGGAGACGGUGGAAGUCCUCUGAUGUGUCCAAUUGAGAAUAGACCUAAACAGUUCCAACAAGCCGGAAUCGUGGCGUCGGGAAUCGGAUGCGGCACCAAGACACCCGGCGUAUACGUGGAUGUAGCAUUGUUCAGAAACUGGAUCGAUGAGCAGAUGGCUAAGGAAAAGUUGAGCACGAUCUACUAUGAUCCUGAUUAUGUUCCAAGGAAUUAAAUUUUCUCUACAUCUCUCUCCUUCAUAUAGACAUACACAUACCCUCCCGGCUCCCUCCUGACUCCCGGCUUAACCUAGAUAUGAAGUUAUAAAUACUCAGUUGACGUUUAUUGGAGAAACUAUGGAAUAAAUAAUUAAAAAUAACAGGAUGAAUAAAUAUGUUUUGUAUUGUAUUUUAAUGUGCCUGGCUUGAAAGUUCUCUGUCCAUGAGUUGAAUAAUUGCAUUUUGUUAAAAUAUUAUAUUUGUUUUAUUUAAAUAUAAUUAUGAUUGUUAUAACGAAAUAUAUUUGUAGAAAAACUAUUCAAAUGAAAAUAAUUAUAUUAUUUUUCUUCUUUUA